GUGCUGAAUUAACUUCUCGCUCGGCGCGGAAGUGUGGAAGAUGGACGUUCUGUCCUACAGGUGUGUCUGCGCGUCAGUUUGUGUUUUAAACUGACAGUUCGCGCUCCACUUACUCUUUGUGCCGUGUGAUCGUGAGAAUAUAUAUAUACACCAAAGUACGUAGAUACUAAAGCAGUGCGUGUCUGGGAUCACAAUGGAAGGAGGUGGUGAGGUUGUGACAGAGGUGCCGAGUUCGCUCAAGAAGCUCGUCCGGCUAACAAUCCGGGGCUUCUACAGCGUGGAACAUGUAAUCGUAGUCGACAUGCUCAUUCGGAACCCCUGCGUCAAGGAGGACGACCUGGCGGAUCUCCUCAAGCUGGAGAAGAAGCAGCUGCGAGCCGUUGUCGCUCAGCUCAAAAGCGAUCGUUUCGUCAAGGUCCGACUGCGGAUGGAGACGGGUAGCGACGGUAAGGCAACCCGCCAAAACUACUACUACAUAAACUACAAGGUUUUCGUGAACGUGGUCAAAUACAAGCUCGAUCACAUGCGCCGCAAGAUUGAAACCGAGGAGCGCGACUCGACGAGUCGCGCGUCGUUCCGGUGCACCGGCUGUUCCAAGAGCUUCACGGACCUGGAAGCGGACCGCUUGCUCGACUUCGCCAGCGGCCAGUUCCGUUGCAGCUACUGUUGCGCGCCGGUUGAAGAGGACCAGGCGGCCCUGCCGCGGCAGGACUCUCGUCUCCUGCUGGCGCGGUUCAACGAUCAGAUACAGCCCCUGUACACGCUUCUUCGCGAGUUGGACGACGUGCGGCUUGCGCCGCACUUGCUCGAGCCCGAGCCUACAGACCUCAGCGCGGUGUUGCAGCAGAGCCGCCGUGCUGGAGGGCGCGCCAGUCCGACCCUCCAAAUGCAGUCGGGCGCGCACGGCCGGUCCAGGGAUGGUCCCUGGAGCGGCGACGCCACGCGUCACCAGGGUUCGGGGCAGGGUGCUGGCAUCACCGUCAACCUGGGCGAAGCGACCCCUUCAGCUCCUUCGGCGCCCCAGCGCGAGGCGCCAGCGUGGAUGGUCCACAGCACAGUUAUCGACACGCCGACCGCGCCGGUUAAUGUACCUGAAGAAGUGGCUCCUGUCAUCUCUGAAACGGGAUCACGGCCCCACAGUGCCAUCAUGGAAACACUAUUGGCACAUGAGAAGCAGCCUGUUGCACAGCCACCAAAGGACUCGAGUGACUCGGAAGACGCCCAAGGUAUGCCCGAGCCGGUGCGAGACGUUGCGCAGUCCGAUGAAGAAGACGACGACGAAGAAGAGGAGGAGACCCAGGUUAUGGUGGAAGGGAAGCCGGUGCCUCUGCAGGAUGUCACAGAGGAAAUGGUGGCCCGCAUGACAAGCACCGAAAAAGAGGACUACAUACGGCUCCGGCAGGAGCUGUACUCCAUGAUGUAUGACUGACAAAAUCGUGCGGACGACACACUGUUUUUCUGUGUUUUAAUACACGGCUCAGACAUGCACCCCUCCCCCUCCCCAGACUUUCUCUUCUUGAUGGAAACAAUGUGUGACGCAGGACCAUCAGCGAGUUUCGGCUCUGUGCUUUGGUGGUUUGUAGGCCUUGCUCUUCUUGCCCGUCUGAAAGUUCUUCCAGCUUGACACACGGUUCUCGCGGCUCUCCUGCAAUGCAGACAUAUGUAUGUGGCAUGCGAGCGGGAGAUCAUCUAGCAGCAUCACGGGAAGAAAAGCGUGGAAGAAGACAUUGGGGAGGGAGAACUGAUAAGCAGACCUAGUGUCGAUACAAGUGUGUUCGAAUGUUUCAACAGCUUAGCAGUGUUGGCAAAAGACAAGGACAAACAACACGACAGCUGUAAUGAUAUGAGAUUGUAAAGAAAGAGCCAAGUAGUCAGCCAAAACCAGCGUGUUUCAAGCAGCUAGACAGGAGAACAAGAACGCUGUAAUGCUGAUACAUUCUAAGAAAAAAAAUAAAUAAAAAUAAAGCUAAGUACUAGUCUGGCCUAAA